AUGGCUGCUGCAGCAUCUUCACAAGCACCAGGCCCGUCAUCUAGCUCUCGACUAACCGUAGCGGAGAGGCGAAAAAUGGUUCUUUUGGGUGAAUUACCGCGUGACUUUUUACGGCUUUCUGUUCCUGUGUCACCUGCAACUGCACAAGGUACGGUGCCGUAUGUUUUGACUACGCAGCAAGUUGUUCCUCUUGGGGUCACACAACUUGCCGAACAUAACCUAAUUCAGGCACAGCAAGCAUUCUACAGCUUUGUUCCUCCAAACACUCGUGGUCGAAUAUCAAUAACAGUUGUGGAAGCAAAACUUGCGAAAAACUAUGGUCUUGUUCGUAUGGAUCCGUACUGCAGAGUUCGAGUUGGGAAUGCUGUUUUCCAAACUCCUACAAAUUUCCGAGGAGGAAGGGCACCGAAAUGGGACCGUAUCAUUAACGCAUAUCUUCCAAACGGCGUUGAGUCAAUUUACAUCCAGAUUUAUGAUGAGAGAGCAUUUUCUAAUGAUGAAUGCGUAGCGUGGGCUCAUAUAGUUCUGCCAAGCGGAGUUUUUAAUGGAGAAGUUAUCGAUGAUUGGUACCAACUUUCGGGGCAACAGGGCGAUGCUAGAGAAGGCGUGCUUAACUUAAUUCUCUCUUUCCAACCCGUGGAACAAAACUCGCGCACUUCAGAAGUGCAACGUCCUCAGCCGAAAAUAGAACGACUUUCACCAGGCUCCGUGCGUAUUACUGAAGAAGACAUCAAGGAGUUGCAUAACAUGUUCCAGUCUGUCGAUGCUGAUGUUAUUCGAUGCAUAUUGGAGGAGAAACGUGGUGAUAAAGAUGGCGCGGUGAAUGCUAUCCUUGAAAUGACCACUGGGCAGUAA